AUGGCUGAAAAUAAUACGAAAUUUAAUCGCGGCGGUGCUGAACUAUCCAUUGAACUGCUGGAUAAACUCCAAGCUGCCACAAACAAGGAAAAUGUUUUGAUUUCCCCUUUGUCCAUACAAACAUGUAUGGCCUUGGCAUUUACCGGUGCCAAGGGUGCCACCGCCGAAGAAAUUGCCAAAGUUAUGAAUUUUCCAUCAAACUGCACCAAAGAUGUUGCCAAUAGUUUUCAUCAGGUCCUAUCUAAAUAUGAAAAUAACAAAUUAGUAAAAAUAGCCAAUAAAGUUUAUGUUCAAGAGGGACAUACCAUUAAACCGGAAUAUGCUGCCAUAACUAAGGAAAAAUACUAUGCCUCUGCUGAGUCCAUUAAUUUUGCCGAAAAUGUAGCGGCCGCAAAUAAAAUCAACAACUGGGUAGAAGAAAAGACUUCAGGUAAAAUCACCGAUUUAAUACCCUCGGAUGCUUUGGAUGCCGAUACCCGUUUAAUUCUCCUGAAUGCCCUACAUUUCAAGGGUGAAUGGCAAGAGAAAUUCGAUCCCGAAGAUACCAAAGAAGACGAUUUCUGGUUAAAUGAAAAUGAAUCAAUUCAAGUGGAAUUUAUGCGUAAUCAAGGUGAUUUUCGUUUGGGCUAUUUGCCCGACUAUGAAUGUGAGGCAUUAGAAAUGCCCUAUAAAGAUUCUGAUUUGAGUAUGUUUGUGCUAUUGCCCGUGAAACGUGAUGGACUCAAAGCCUUGGUGGAGAAAUUAAAAGGUGUAAAUCUAUUGGACUUGGAUCAACAGUUGAGCACAGCCAGCAAUAUGAUUGUUAAAUUUCCCAAAUUUAAAAUUGAAUAUUCGAUUGAGCUGUCGAAAGUAAUGCAAGAGAUGGGUAUAAAGACCGCUUUUGAAGCAGCCGAUUUAAGCAAUAUGUUAGAAUCAGAAACACAGGGUGUUUAUGUUUCGGAUAUUUUUCAUAAAACUUCCAUUGAAGUAAACGAAGAAGGAUGCGAAGCAGCUGCGGCUACAGGAUUAGUAGCUACAUUCCGUUGUAUGCCUCGACAAUUUAUGGCCGAUUGUCCAUUUUUAUAUUUUAUUUGGAAUAAGAAGAAUAUUUUGUUUGCUGGUGCUUUUGUUAAACCGCCACAGAUUGGAGCAUAA